AUGGUAAUUGUUUAUCUGCAAAUGGAGAUAAAUCGCAUGAAAGAAGAGAACAAAGUGUUGAGGAAAGAGAUGGAGAAAAAUUUGCAGGAUUACAACCAUCUCCAGAUGAAGCUUGCUCUUAUUCAGCAAAACAACCCAAUGAAGGAUCCUCGAAUCUUCCUCUCACUACUUAAUGGAAAUGAAGGUUUAGUUCAAGAACAACAGCAAGGAAUUGAAAGAGACUUAAAUACUGUCAACAACCCAAGACAUGGGUCACCAUCAGCAGGUGACAGUGACGAUAAAGAUGGUCAUGGACUGGGAUUGUCGUUAACUCUGAAAACCAGAACAAGCCAACGAGAAAUUCGAGAAGAAGAGCGUAAUAAGAAACUCAAAACCCCGAAUGAUGAAUCGCUGCAGAAGAAGCUUUCAUCUGCAAUCACAAGCCAUGCUGUUUCCACAUCCAACAGGAAAGCUAGGGUUUCCGUUAGAGCAAGAUGUCAAACAGCUACAAUGAACGAUGGGUGUCAAUGGAGGAAAUAUGUCCAGAAAUUUGCAAAAGGAAAUCCUUGCCCACGAGCUUACUAUCAUUGCACGGUAGCUCCCGGAUGCCCGGUCAGGAAACAGGUGCAACGAUGCCUUGACGACAUGUCGAUUCUUAUUACAACAUACGAAGGAACACACAAUCAUCCGAUCCCUGUUGGUGCAACCGCCAUGGCAUCGACAGCUUCCUCGUCAGCUUUACCAGCUUCGAACUUCAUGUUACUGGUUUCGAGCCAUGGUAUCCCAAACCCUCACCUCAUGAACUCAUCGGCUGCCGCCAUGAACGUAAACGACCCUUCAAAAGGAAUGGUUCUUAGCCUCACAAACAAUCACCGUUUCGAUAAUCAAAUAUUGCCCUCGGUUCCGUUAGCUCAUCAACAAGCUUUCCCGCGGCUGCCGAGCAGAUAA